CUUGGACACCAAAUUUGCAUAAAUCCUGGGAAGUUAUUACUAAGCCUUAGUCGUGGCCCCAGGUAAUUUCCUCCCAGGCCUCCAUGGGGUUAUGUAUAAAGGCCCCCCUAGAGCUGGGCCCCAAAACAGCCCGGAGCCUGCAGCCCAGCCCCACCCAGACCCAUGGCUGGACCUGCCGCCCAGAGCCCCAUGAAGCUGAUGGCCCUGCAGCUGCUGCUGUGGCACAGUGCACUCUGGACAGUGCAGGAAGCCACCCCCCUGGGCCCUGCCAGCUCCCUGCCCCAGAGCUUCCUGCUCAAGUGCUUAGAGCAAGUGAGGAAGAUCCAGGGCGAUGGCGCGGCACUCCAGGAGAAGCUGUGUGCCACCUACAAGCUGUGCCACCCCGAGGAGCUGGUGCUGCUUGGACACUCUCUGGGCAUCCCCUGGGCUCCCCUGAGCAGCUGCCCCAGCCAGGCCCUGCAGCUGGCAGGCUGCUUGAGCCAACUCCAUAGCGGCCUCUUCCUCUACCAGGGGCUCCUGCAGGCCCUGGAAGGGAUCUCCCCCGAGUUGGGUCCCACCUUGGACACACUGCAGCUGGACGUCACCAACUUUGCCACCACCAUCUGGCAGCAGAUGGAAGAACUGGGAAUGGCCCCUGCCCUGCAGCCCACCCAGGGUGCCAUGCCGGCCUUCACCUCUGCUUUCCAGCGCCGGGCAGGAGGGGUCCUGGUUGCCUCCCAUCUGCAGAGCUUCCUGGAGGUGUCGUACCGCGUUCUACGCCACCUUGCCCAGCCCUGAGCCAAGCCCUCCCCAUCCCAUGUAUUUAUCUCUAUUUAAUAUUUAUGCCUAUUUAAGCCUCAUAUUUAAAGACAGGGAAGAGCAGAACGGAGCCCCAGGCCUCUGUGUCCUUCCCUGCAUUUCUGAGUUUCAUUCUCCUGCCUGUAGCAGUGAGAAAAAGCUCCUGUCCUCCCAUCCCCUGGACUGGGAGGUAGAUAGGUAAAUACCAAGUAUUUAUUACUAUGACUGCUCCCCAGCCCUGGCUCUGCAGUGGGCACUGGGAUGAGCCACUGUGAGCCCCUGGUCCUGAGGGUCCCCACCUGGGACUCUUGAGAGUAUCAGGUCUCCCACGUGGGAGACAAGAAAUCCCUGUUUAAUAUUUAAACAGCAGUGUUCCCCAUCUGGGUCCUUGCACCCCUCACUCUGGCCUCAGCCGACUGCACAGCGGCCCCUGCAUCCCCUUGGCUGUAAGGCCCCUGGACAAGCAGAGGUGGCCAGAGCUGGAGGCAUGGCCCUGGGGUCCCACGAAUUUGCUGGGGAAUCUCGUUUUUCUUCUUAAGACUUUCGGGACAUGGUUUGACUCCCGAACAUCACCGACGUGUCUCCUGUUUUUCUGGGUGCCCUCGGGACACCUGCCCUGCCCCCACGAGGGUCAGGACUGUGACUCCUUUUAGGGCCAGGCAGGUGCCUGGACAUUUGCCUUGCUGGACGGGGACUGGGGAUGUGGGAGGGAGCAGACAGGAGGAAUCAUGUCAGGCGUGUGUAUGAAAGGAAGCUCCACUGUCACCGUCCACCUCUUCACCCCCCACUCACCAGUGUCCCCUCCACUGUCGCAUUGUAACUGAACUUCAGGAUAAUAAAGUGUUUGCCUCCA